AUGAACGUGGUCAACAUUUCAAGCCCUAGCAGCUUCGCCCAGUUGCUAAAGGACACGACCGAUGAAUUGGUGGAGAGUGCGGCGAGCGAUGGGUCUGGGAAGGGGUUUGCUGUCAAGGACGCCGACAUCUCGAACUCGAAGGGGCUAUACACGCUCGCUCAGUGCACGCCAGACUUGACGUCGGCGGAGUGCAAGGCGUGCUUGCAAGGGGCCAUCAAGAAUCUGCCCAAAGAUAAGGAAGGAGGGAGAGUCUUGGCCCCGAGCUGCAAUGUUAGGUUUGAGCUUUACCAGUUCUAUAAUGAGACUGUCUUCCAUGAAGCACCAGCACCGGCGCCAACACUUGCUCCGCCUCCUGCGGCGGUUGUAGCUGCUCCUCCUUCUUCAACAGUGAGAUCUAAAGGAGUCAGAGUUACGUCUUCCGGGGUUCUUUGCACCGUCGGCGUAGUGUUUUUUCUUUUUCCUUUUUGA